AUGAAACAUCCAGGGGAUGAUGGUACUUUCCAAACAAAUCUUUUACAAGCAUUACAAAAAAAUAAAGUUAUUCAAGAUAAAUUAACUGAAUGUCAACAUUUAUAUUAUAUUCAAUUAUUAAAAGAACUUCAAAAUUAUAAUUUAAAAGAAAAAUAUAAUCGAGAAUUAUUAUAUUCAUGGAAAAAAGAAAUUUAUAUCAGAAAAUUGAAAAAACGUUUAGAAGAAUAUGAACGUAAAUGUUUUGGUAUCAGAGAUGAUUAUUAUAGAAGUCAAGUUAAAAACUUAGAUAGUGUUAUUACUGGUGAACAAACUCUUGUUAUACCGCCAAGUGAAGAAAAACGUCGUUUAAAUAUACAUGAAAAAUAUGAUCAAUUUCUUAAGAAGAAUCCUAUCCAACUAUCGUCAUCAGCAGUUCGUGUUAGUAAAUCAGCAAAUAUUUCUUUAGAUCAAAAUACAAUUAACACACAUGAAGAAAACGAAGAUAAACACGAUAAUAAUAUAAAAGAAGUAGAUCAUACUCAUAGUUUAGAACAAACUUGGAAACAUAUUCAUGCUCAAUCUGCUAGAGCUCCAAGAGGAAAACUAAAUAAUAGUUUACCCGCAAUUCAUCGGUCAUUGACGAUGACUGGAAUUCAGAGAAAUAGAACUUCAGCAAAAACAACUAUUCCAUCAAGAGUUAGUAUUAUAUCGAAUUCGCCUGGUAUGAAGACGUCACGAUCAAUUAAUUCUUUGUCCGAUGAAAAAGUUCAGCAAUCUCCACGAUUAUCUGCUCAAUUUAAACAAAAUCAUUCCGAACUAUCUGAUAGUAUUGAACCUCUAAUUAUAAAUACACAAUCAUUAGGAAAAUAUACUCGUAAUGAUCUAGUCGAUAUGCGUAGUGUACGUCGGCCAAGAAAAAAUGCUUCAGAUUUAAAUUUAAUAUUUGAAACACGUAAACGAAUCUAUCAAAUAAAUAGACGUGCUCUAGAUUAUGAAACAUACCAAAGAAUAACUGGAUUACAAAAGACUAUUCAAUACAUCGGAACAAAACAAAUAGAUUUAAUUAACGAUAAACCGAAUUUACUUGUCAGCGUGGAUGAAAAUAGUCCCAAACCUUCGGAUGAUAAACACUAA